CGCGCUUCUCGGGGGAAGCCUUCUGGUGACGUACACGACGGAUUCUCGAAAGUCGCGUGGGGCUGCGGAGUGUCAAGCGGACAGAGGAAGAAGAAGAAGAGGAAGAAGGUCGUCCAUUGAUUUCAUCUUCGACUCGGCCGAGCAGCUGCCGCCCGCUGCUUUGACGUUGGUGUCGGACCGGCCAUGACCCGCAAGAAGCCCGUGCGGCACAUCGCCGAGAUGGCACGCAAGAUCCGCGAGCACCGGGCCCUGAAGGAGCGUCCCCGCGACUCCCAGAAGUACGCCCUGGACUACGAGACCAUGACGCGGCCCUGGAGCGGGAAGCGCCUGCCGGUGCUGGCCUGGGACGACGUGCGCAGGGAGAGCCGGCUCUUCUCGCUGCUCUGCGGCCUGCGGCUCUUCGGGAUCGGCCGGCUCUUCACUCGCAAGUCGUGGCUCGGCCAGCAUGAGGAGCCCUGCUACUGGACGGUGACGAAGGUCAAGGUGGACUACACGGCUGAGAACAUGGACCAUGGAAGAGCCUGGGGGGUCCUGACCUUCAGAGGGAAGACGGACCCCGGAGUGACGGAGAUCGACAAGGUGAUGUACCACGACUGGCGCCUCGUCCCCAAGCACGAAGAGGCGGCGUUCAAAGACUUCACGGCCGUGACGGAGCCCACGGUGCGCUACGUGCGCUACCCCCCUCUCCUGCGGGCCAUGAUCCUCGCCCGGCAGGGUGGGCCGUUCACAGAGGAGCCGAUGGUGGACCUCCAGAGGAGCGCACACAUCUCUGAGGAGCACUUUAAAAGCGAGAAGAAAGCGCAGCCUGCGGACGAGACGCCGGUUUGAGACUUGGGGGCCCGCCUGGCCCACUGUCCUCGUCUGCCUGCCCAGCUUGUGCCCGCCUGAUCCUCAGUAAAGAGCUGUGCUCUCAAAGUGC